AACAAUAUUCUUUGUAAUAAACCAAUUUUCUUCUAUAAAAUCUAUCAGAAUCUUAUUAAUAUUUCGAAUCAUUAUAAAUUUAUUAUUCAAUAUAUUUAUUGAUCAAGUAAAAGAUAAACUAUUGUUUCUAUAACAUUAAAACUGGACUGAUCGAUUUUCUAGUUUAUUACCAAUUUGCGUGGAAGCUACUUUAUUAUACCAACGAUGAAAUUUACAAAUAUUUAGAUUAUCAUUCUACUUUUAUCGAAAGAACCGAUUAAUGUGAUUUGUCAUGCUUGUUUAACGAUCUUUAUGUACAAAACUACACAUUUAUGUAGAUUAUUUCAUGAUCACAUAUCUGUUGUAACUUUCCUAUAAUACAGUUUUAUUCAUUGCGAUGAUAUUUAACAGGGAUUUUUUGCUAAAUUAAAAAAUAUACAGUAACCAUUAAUUUAUAAUAAUGAUGGAUCUACCUGUAGUACUUAUGUUAAUAGUAAUUUUAUUGAGAUCGGCUAAUUCUAAUUUAAUUAGGUCUAUUGGAGUGUAUGAGAGUAUUAUACAAGGUGUAUGUCAAUACUAUCAAUGCAAAUCUAUUAUUAUAUUUUAUUCAAAUCAGAAUUAUUCAUCAAUUCAAGGUAGUUAUAUAGAUGUCGACGUUUCAACAAAUUUAAGAAGUCUUUACAUAGAUUUAAAUAGACAUAUGAUCCAGGUUCUCAUCACAAAUAUUGACAAUUUUAUAAAACAAGAUCCUAAAACUUUAAGAAACUUGGAAAAUAAACUUAUGGUAUUUCUGGAUGAUUCAGAUAGCUUGAGGACUCAAUUCAAAAAUAAAUUAGUACCUUUAACAGAAAUAUCUGAUCCAGCCUGGUUAAUUUUCUUUAAAAGUGAUACUAAAAUUGAUGAAUACUUUGAAGACUUAUAUAUACCGUUUAAUUGUCGAUUCAUGGUAUCAAAAAAAAAUAUAUUCCAGCAUAAGAAUAAUGAAACUAUCUGGGAAAUAUAUAAAGUAGCAAAAAGUACACAAUUAAAGUACAGCAUUCUUGGACAUUGGAGUUAUCGAACUAAGAUUAAAUUAUCUAAUUUAGAUUUAUAUCAACGAAGACAUAAUUUGUAUGGCCAUUCAUUACGUGUUACAUUAGUUAAUUCUAUUCCUAAUUCAAUCAUCACGGUGGAUAAGAACAAUAAUAUUAAAUUUAAAGGUAUUUUUGGAUCUAUUAUGGAAUUACUAGAACAUUAUCUCAAUUUUUCCUCAACCUACCUUGUAGUAUCUAAUUAUGGUAUUAAAUUGAAUAAUGGUUCUUGGAUAGGAGGUAUGGCAACCUUGGUAAACAAUGAUUCUGAUAUAUUUCCAACUAAUUUACGAAUGACUUCAUCUAGAGCAGAAUCAAUACAUUUUACAACACCAGUUUAUCUAAGCAGCGAAUUUUUUUUCUUCAAAAAUGAACCAAUUGUACCAUGGAAAACGUUCUUCAAACCAUUGGAUUCAACUGUUUGGUUUAGUAUUGUAUGUUCAAUUAUUCUUAAUAGUGCUCUGCUAAUUUUUAUUGUGAUAGUUUAUCAGAGAAAAUGUCUCCAUAUACAAGAUUACCGACGUCCUGAAGAAAUUUUUAUGUAUAUCUUUGGAACAUACUGCAAUCAAGGAAUGCCAAUAUCUUCGAUUAAUUCCAUAAAAGUUAUCUCAUUUACUAUUCACGUAACAGCAAUGAUUAUAUGUACAGCUUAUUCAGGAAUUCUUGUCAGUUUCUUAACACUUAAUGUACCUUCUGCCAGUCCCCAAACAUUGAAAGAUCUUCUUUAUGAUAAAUCUUAUCGAAUUGGAUUAUUAAAAAACUCUGCAUUACAUGAUUUCUUUCGAGAAUCUAAAAAUCAUAUUGUCCAUUAUAUUUAUGACAAAAAAAUAUCAAAAGAGUCUUCUUUACCAAUGUCUUACAUGGAAGGAUUACAACGUGUAUGUAAUGAGAAGAAAUAUUCAUUUAUUGCUCCAAUUUCUGUUGCAUUGCAAUUCCAAAUGAAAAACUGUACUUUGAUUAAAUCCAAUCUUGUACGCCAAACAGCUGCAGCUAUUGGACUACCACGUAACAGUCCAUAUCGUGGAUUAAUCAAUCACUACAUAUACUUAUUAAAAAAUAAUGGUGUGAUCAACAAAAUUAUGUAUGAGUGGACCCGUCCUGCAUCUUCAACACUAAACGAAAAACCCACAUACGAAUCUGUGGAUUUUCUUCGAGUGAUCCCACUUGUUUACUUCUUUUUAGGGAGUUGCAUUUUAAGUAUUGUAUUACUUGGAUGUGAAAAACUUAUUCAUAAAAUAAUAUCGAAACAGAAAUAUCAGAGAGUGCAAUCUAUAAGAAAAAGUAAUCUUCAAACAAUUGUGAAGAUAUAUCCUAAAGAUAAAAUUUACAAUAAAAUAAGUUAAGCGAAUAAUUAAUGCAUAAAUAUAAAAUACUAAAAUGUUCAAUGUUGAGGUUGAAUGA